GUGUUUAACAGAGACUGAGUUAUGUGCACAAGGAAGGAAAGCUAGUAACCAAGUAGCAAGAUUACAGGGUCUUCUCAAAGACAAGCCUAGCAAACUGAGCCUUCGUAGACCUGGCAUGAACCUUAGAAAUAUCCCUCCGUUAAAUGUUGUGCUGAAUCCAAGUGUAGAUACUGACUCGCGUCUGGCCGGUAUAACUCCUAGACCAGCUGUGGAAAAUGAAGGCGACGAAAGAAAUAAGGGAUUCAAACCUGGGCCGUGCCUAGAGCAUAGUUGGGUGUUGGAAAGGAACAAGAUACCAGCUAUAUAUUACGAACAUGAAAAGUUUGACAAGUUGAAAGGACAUGAUUUCAAUGUUUACCAUAAAGAGAGAACAAGAAUGUGGAGAAGACCUAUAGUUCCGUUGACUGAAGAGGAAAGGGAUAAUCAUCUAUUUAGAAUUCCCGAUGAUCCAAAGAGAUUCCGCGUUUUACCGGAAUUAUCUAAUAAUCUUAGAGAAAGAUCUGUAACUCAACCGCAGAUUUCAACAAAUAGCGUAAAUGCAUCAAAGACUGAUCCGCAACCAUCUACACUUUCGGUACCAACAUCGUUCAACGAUCCCUCUUUACAGACGUCAACGGAACCAUCGAGAACGGUAACAAUGGAAAAAUCGGCACUAAGUCAACCAAUGAAGGCACCGAAAAUAAUGCAGUUGGUCAAUUAAGAAGUUUAAGAAUUAGAUUCAAAAUCUGUAAUUUUUUUCUUGCACAUACUUAAAAAUGACACUUCCUAGGGAACAAACAUCCUUUUCUUUGUAAUUCUAAUAUGUGAAGAAAAAAAAUUAUGAUACAAAUAAAAACAACCACUAUUAAAGAAGAUUAUAUCCCAAAUGGUGUUAAUUUUUCUGCAAUUUGAUUGUUUUUAAUGUGAUUUUGUUUGGAGUUAGAAAUGAAACAAUGCUGUUUUGUUUAUGUUUGCAUAGGGUAAUUUAUUAUUACCGAUAACUGAUAAAAAGUGAUCAGGUACAUUUGUGUAUGUUCUGUCCAACCUAAAAUGUGCAUGUUGUGAGUUUUAUCAUGUAAUGUUCCAAAUUUAGCAUUCAAAUU